AUGCAGGGUAACCAGACAGUCAUCACUCAUUUCAUCCUUCUGGGAUUUGGGAAGCUUCAUGGUAUGCAGAUGUUAUUGUUCAUGUUGUUUUUAAUACUUUACAUAUUUACCAUGAUGGCGAAUUUCCUUACUCUUCUUCUAAUUCUGGUUGAUCAGCACUUGCAUACACCUAUGUAUUUCUUCUUAGGAAAUUUGUCCUGUUUGGAAAUGAUGUACAGCUCUACAAUCUUGCCUAAUAUGUUGGGAGGUUUUUUAACAAGGGAAAAAUCCAUCUCCUUCAAAGGAUGUAUUACACAGUUUUAUUUCUUUGCUUCCCUGGGUAGCACAGAAUGCUACCUCCUCUCUGUGAUGUCUUAUGAUAGAUUCUUAGCGAUAUGUAAGCCACUACAUUAUGUUACUGAAAUGAGAAUUGCACGCUGCAUCCAGCUAGCUAUUGUGUCUUGGAUCAAUGGCACGGUAUUUACAUCUAUAUAUUUGGUCUUAAUGUUACAGCUUUGGUUCUGUGGCCCCAAUGAAAUUGAUCAUUUCUUUUGUGAAUCCUUGCCAUUAAUAAAGCUAUCUUGCAGUGAUACCACACUUGCAAAAUAUGCUAUUGCAAUCCUGGCUUAUACAUUUACAUUUCCUCCUUUUAUUUUGACUUUUAUGUCUUACAUAUUUAUUCUAAGGACCAUUUUGAGAAUACCAUCUAGAAUUGGGAGACAAAAGGCCUUUUCUACCUGUUCCUCUCAUUUGAUCGUUGUAUCUUUUUUCUAUGGGGCAAUAACAAUUGUAUACCUGAUGCCUGAAACUGAACAAAUGAAAAAUUAUACCAAAUUCUUUUCUCUGUUAUACACAGUGCUUCCCUCACUACUCAACCCCCUAAUAUACACCUUGAGGAACAAGGCUGUCAAAGAAGCCCUGAAGAAGCUAAUUGGUAGAUUUCGAAAAAAAUAA